AUGGCUGAAACCGUCGUUGCUGUCCCCGUCGCCGUCGAAGUCGAUCCCAAUCAAAUCGAAGUCAAGCUCUUCAACAGAUGGAGCUUCGACGAUGUUCAGCUUAGCGAUGUGUCUCUUUCUGAUUACAUUGGAGUUCAAUCAUCCAAACAUGCUACAUAUGUGCCUCACACUGCUGGUAGGUACUCAGUGAAGCGUUUCAGGAAGGCCCAGUGCCCCAUUGUUGAGAGAAUCACCAACUCUCUCAUGAUGCACGGCCGAAACAAUGGAAAGAAGAUCAAGGCUGUUAAGAUUAUUAAGCAUGCCAUGGAGAUCAUUCACUUGCUGACUGAUCAGAACCCUAUUCAAGUUAUUGUUGAUGCUGUUGUCAACAGUGGUCCCAGAGAAGAUGCAACUAGAAUUGGGUCUGCUGGAGUUGUUAGGAGGCAGGCUGUGGAUAUCUCACCUCUUCGCCGCGUUAACCAGGCUAUCUAUCUUCUUACAACAGGUGCCCGUGAAGCUGCAUUUAGGAACAUUAAGACUAUUGGUGAAUGCUUAGCUGAUGAACUUAUUAAUGCUGCCAAAGGUUCAUCCAACAGCUAUGCUAUCAAGAAAAAGGAUGAGAUUGAAAGGGUUGCCAAGGCUAAUCGUUAA